GAGCUUCCCUGCGGCGGGCGGGAGCUGAGUCACUGCGGCCCUGCCCGCCCGCCGUUGGCCUUAUCGCAGGACGUUGCUACUCCCGAAAGCCCCCGGCCUGCCCGACAGGCUACAUCUGUUUUGCGCCAAGACCCUCCAGCAGUUCUGGAAAUACUUCCAGGGGCCAAGGAAUUGGGAUCCCGAGGAAGGAGGAAGCCUCCUUCCCGGCUGUCUGGAGGAAUUCCAGAAAGCCCCUAGCCUAGAAGUCUCUCCCCGUGCCUAUCUUUUCACCAUUAGCUAAAUUUUCCUUGGGGCAGGUGGAGGCAGCUGUGGGCUAUGCCUUGAAAGAUAUGGAGAGGAGUCCCUGUGGCAGGAGAAGAGAGAAGUUGGUCAAGGAGACUCCUAGGCUGGGGCCAGAGUGCCAGCCACAUGUUCUGGAUUUUAGAGGCCGCCAUCAUGAAUAACACAGUAACUAUCCGGACCAGGAAGUUCAUGACCAACCGACUACUUCAGAGGAAACAAAUGGUCAUUGACGUUCUUCACCGUGGGAAGGCAACAGUACCGAAGACAAAAAUUCGGGAAAAACUAGCCAAAAUGUACAAGACCACACCAGAUGUCAUCUUUGUGUUUGGAUUCAGAACACAUUUUGGUGGUGGCAAGACAACUGGCUUUGGCAUGAUUUACGAUUCCUUGGAUUAUGCAAAGAAAAAUGAACCCAAACAGAGACUCGCAAGACAUGGCUUGUAUGAGAAGAAAAAGACCUCAAGAAAACAGCGAAAGGAACGCAAGAACAGAAUGAAGAAAGUCAGGGGGACUGCAAAGGCCAAUGUUGGUGCUGGCAAAAAGUGAGCUGGAGAUUGGAUAACAGAAGGAGUAAAGAUUCUGCAAUGACUUCAUCUGUGAUAAUUUUGUGACGUUUUCACAAGAGGACUAAUAAAUUGUAAAAAAACAAAAACAAACACAAAAAA